AAAUUUGAAUUUUUUGUAUACAUAGUUUGGGAGCUUGUAAAGAAAUGGAAGUAAAAGAGUUAUUUUUAUACUUACUACACUAAUAAACCGUUUAGGUUUGAGAAACAAAAAAAAAAAAAAACCAAAGGCUCAGCCUCAGCUAAACCUGUUUACAGGAAUGGAGCCUCUAUCUCUGCUUCGGCCUCUCACCACCCUCUCUCCAAUUUCUCCUUUCCCUCUACACCAAUAUAUCUCCCAAUCCCACAAACCCUACCUUCAUGCCCAUUGCUUUCGCGUCUCAUCCUUUUUCUCUCAGUCAUCAAAUUCGAUCAGACCCACAACGAGUGCAGCUUCGAGGUCUGAAUAUAAGCCAGCAAUCUUCGAUGGGUUACUCCUCAACUUGUUCAGGAAAAAAAUGGUUCUGGAGGUUGGUUGGGAUUCAGAGAAGUCUGGGUAUGAUGGACUAAUUGAAGUGGCAACCCGUCUCACGAUGAAGGGGAAAACCAGUUCUGAAACCGUAGAAGCAGCUGUCCGAAUACUAGAAUCACUUUUUCCUCCAAUGCUGUUAAAACUUUAUCGAAUGCUCAUAGCGCCUAUAAGAGAGGGAAAAUUUGCUGCUAUAAUGGUUGCAAGGGUGACUGCAGUAUCCUGUCAAUGGCUCAUGGGCCCAUGCACAGUUAAUUCAGUCGAUCUUCCUGAUGGGUCCUCAUGCAGUAGUGGGGUGUUUGUAGAAAGGUGCAAGUAUUUAGAGGAAAGUAAAUGUGUUGGUAUUUGCAUCAAUACUUGCAAGCUCCCAACACAGACAUUUUUUAAAGAUUACAUGGGUGUUCCUUUGCUGAUGGAGCCAAAUUUCGAGGAUUACAGCUGUCAGCUUCAAAAUGGGUUUGGCAGUUCAGUUUUGGUGUUCAUCCUCCCCUGCCCCUAGAUGAUAGCACCCUGAAGGAGCCUUGCUUGGAGAUAUGCCCAAAUGCCAAACAGCGCAGAGGAUCAAAGCAGUGCCCCAAGGCAUAAAUUGAGUAAAGUGGCUCGCUUUUCUUCCCGCUCUUCACUCCUCCAGUAUCCCCUUAUUAGCUGAUUCAAUUCAAUAGGGUGAGCAUAAUUUGGUUACAAUUGAAUUAACUGAGUAAAUUUCAUCGGUUCAAUUUGGUUAAAAAUUUAUUCAGUUUGGUUCGAUUUUCA